AUGAUUCUCCUGUGUACCGUCGUGUCCUUGGUGGUCCUUCAGUGUCACAGCUUCGCCUUCAGGCUCAUUGCUCGCCGCGUCGAUUUCUGGUGCAGAAAGCCCGCCACCUUCGGGAACCUUAGCACAGCCGAGUGGAAACAGGUCGGAUUACCGCCAAGACCCGACGGUACCCACAGCCAAUGCGAGGUCUACGACAAUCCUCUUUCGCCGCGCCGCCUCCCGGUACCCUGUACGUCCUGGGACUACGAACCUGGUGCGCGUUCCAUUAUCACUACCUGGGACCUGGUAUGCAACAUGGAGUGGGUAGUGUCGUUCUCUGCGGUAACGUACAUGAUGGGAGCGGCGAUAUCGGUUCCAACCAUGGGCAUGGUUGCUGACCGAAAGGGCAGACGUCCCGUCACUUGUAUUGCGGUAGCUAUCCUCCUACUGGCUGGCUUUACCACCUGUAUCACUAACAGCUUGACGCUGUUCGUCUGUGCUCGCUGUGUCGUGGCAGCAUCCACAAGCACCAUCUUCGUCACGCUCUUCAUCCUGCUUUUUGAAGUAAUGCCCGCAAAAUGCCGAACGCUGUACGGCGUCAUCGCGGUGUCGCCGGGUGUCGGCAUAGCCACCGUACUCUUUGUCGUCCUCGGCCAGUUUUGCCUGGACUGGAGAGUGACGCAGGCAAUCUUCAUGGGACUGACCUCGCUGCUCGUUAUCACCUUCUACAUCGUAGGAGAAUCACCCUGCUGGCUUAUAACCUGCUCCAAUUUCAAGAAGGCGGAGACAGCGGUCCUCUGGGCCGCCAAGAUGAACGGUGAACCGCUCGAUGUCGUCAGGAAGCGGUUCGCCAAGCUAAAGAACGCGAUCCUCAUGACUGAGGAAUGCGUAUCACCGCGCGCUGUCACGCCCGCUUUUCUGCUCGGCAAACCAAUGCUACGCGGCCGUUGCUGCAUGCUGUUCUUCUGCUGGUGCAUCAUCAUGUUCUCUGUCUACGGACUAGCGCAGACUCAACUUCGGCGGGAGCUUGGGUGGGCCAAAAUCGUCAUCACCGUAUGUCCCGGUCCGCUCAGUGUACUGGCCUAUUAUGCGAUAAAGAAACUGGGCAGCAAGAUAACCCUAGUUCUGGCCUUGGGUGCCGUGGGCGUCGCCAGUGCUGGCUUGAUGGGUAGUUACCCUAAUAGCCUACUACCCUUCACCAACCUCCUUUUACUGAUAGCGAGAGGCUCGACGUUCGUUGCCGUGUCUGUGAACUACAUCUACACUGCCGAAGUGUUCCCCACCGUGCUGAGAAGCGUUGGCGUCUGCACGUCGUACUUCUGUGGCGGAUUGGGCGCCGCAGCUGCUACGUUCGUAAUGGAUCCAGAGACUGGGAUCCCCGUCUCGGUUGGAAUGGCCAUUUUGGCCUGCUUGGUGUUACUCGCCGAACUAACUCUGCUGAAGCUGCCCGAGACGAGCCCUCAACCGUUGGCCAAAACGCUCAAGCAGUUUGAAGAGAUGAACUACAAGAAAUUUCUGCAAGAUUCGGAAAACAUCCGAAAGGCAUCCGAAGCGCAAACGAAGCAGCCUGGAGAAGUUAAGGAUCGGUUAUAA